CGAGAUUUUGUGCGCGCGAGUCGUCAGUGUCUUCUGUGCUCGGUUGUCACAAGGCAGGCAUGGUGACCUAGCCAACGGGUUCACUAGAUUAUAUGUCCAGACAGAUAGAUCGUUUUUUGGGCCAUAUGGUUUAAAAUUUGCAAAAUGACGACUCCGUUGUUCUUUUGGAAAUAAAAUUUAAAGGAGAAAAUCGGGCGCAAUGGAUAAGAGCAACACGGUGAAGCUCUUCGUGGGCAACCUGGCCCUGGACACGUCGCAGGAGGAGCUGACGUCCAUCUUCGAGCCGUACGGCGCGGUGGUGAGCUGCAGCGUGCUGCGGCAGUUCGCCUUCGUCCACCUGCAGGGCGAGGGGGCGGCGGCCCGCGCCAUCAAGGAGCUCAACGGGCGCGAGUUUCGCGGCCGAAACCUGGUGGUGGAGGAGUCGCGCGGGCGACCGCUCCACUCCACCAAGGUGUUCGUGGGCAACCUGAGCGGCAUGUGCACCACCGAGGACCUGCAGGAGCUCUUCCAGACCUUCGGCAAGGUGCUGGAGUGCGACAAGGUCAAAGCCAGGCUCUCCUCCUCCGCAGGGUACGCCUUCGUGCACAUGGAGAACAAGGAGGACGCCCUGCAGGCCAUCGAGGCCCUCCACGGGACCUCCUUCAAGGGGCGCCCGCUCUCCGUGGAGCUCUCCAAGGUGCAGCCCAACAAGCAGGCGUCCAGCGGCAAGAUCCCCUGCGUCAGCUGCGGCAAGCAGGGCCACUACGCGGGAGAGUGCCCCGUGGGCAAGCCCACGCUGGAGCAGUACCAGAGCCAGGCGGCCGUGCUGGCCGCCGCCGCCGCCGCCGCCGCAGGACUCCCGCUGCAGGUGCAGCAGAGCGUCCACAACUCCGUCUACAACACCUCCACCUUCGACCCCACCUACGCGGCGCUGACGGGCCUGACCUCGGGCAGCCGGACGGACGGCACGCCGGUGAGCCCCGCCGUGUACGGCGCGCUGGCCAGCCAGGUGUACGGCACGGUGGCCAGCCAGCUGUACGGCUCCUCGGCCAAUCAGGCGCUGACCAUGGGCGCCGCGCAGAUGUACAGCACCAUGAGUGGCAACGGCGGGCCCGCCGCGGUGGCCCACGCCUACGGCGGGCAGGUGUACGCGCCGGGCAUGGGCAACCCCGUGUACCUGACGGCGCACGGCGACGCGGCGGCGGUGGACCCGGGCUACGGCGUGGCCCCGGCGGCGCUGUACGGGUCCAGCGCCGACCCCUCGGGACAGGCCAUUUUCGAGGCGGCGCGGGCGCACUACUUCGCCCAGGGCCAGCAGGUCCUGGCCGAGCAGCAGGCGGGCGCCAAGGGCGGCGACCGGGACCGCAGCCCCGUCCGGCGCUCCGCCCCCCUCCUGCCCGACCCCGUGCCCAAGCCCUUCCUCUGCCAGCGGCCCAAACGCAGGGCGCUGCUCCCCACGCCCACCGCCCACCUGGAGGAGGCCGCCGCCGCAGCCGAGGAGGACGCCAUGGCGAGAUACUACGCGGAGUACUACCAGCAGUACCAGCAGUACCAGCAGUAUCAGCAGUACCCUCAGUACCAGUUUGCCUACCCGCCCCCCGGCGUGGUGCCCACCAUGCCCGCGCAGCCCUCCGCCCAGCUGGACGCCACCCAGGCGGUCACGCCCACCACCGUGGCCUCACCCAGAGUGUAUGAACCGCCGCCUCCGCCGCCGCGCAAGGACCCACUCCUCCGCCACCCCGACAUGCCCCACCUCCACACGCCAGAGCCCCCCUACCGAUAACCGCCUCCCAUACCCCCUCCCCCCCGCCUCCACUGCGCAGGGGGUGUGUGUGCCCGCGUGUCCGCCCAUCUCUGGGAGUGUGCGUGUGUGCGUGUGUGUGCAUGCGCGUGUCUGUAUCUAUGUGUGUCUGUCUGUCUGUCUGUCUGUGUGUGUGUGGAAGGUGUCUUUGUGUUGGAAGGACUCUAGCCCCCCAACCUUGGUCCUCGUUCAGUUUUCUCAGUGCACUCCGACCAUGGAGGCAGUGGACACGGUCUCACACCCAAAAGCACACACAGUAGCUGUACUGCUCAGUCUGUGGUGAAGCUUAGUAUAGAGAGGACUCUCAGUACCCCUCUGUACUCACUCUGUCAUCCUCCUGUAUCUUGAGUACCAGUUGUUGGUACAGCCAGAUUUUCUUACAUUUUUGAGACUUUUAGACACUCUGAUAUUUGGACUGACUCCUCGCAAAACCGCACGAGUAGCACCCGGGAGGAAAUCGGGGAGUAAUGGCUUGCCUUUGUGUGGGCAGCCAUUAUGGAUCUGUUUCCAUAGAUAACAUGGUAGCCUGGGGGGGGUGGGGGUGGGUGGGAUCGUACAGCUAUGCAGCGAUGUGUAUCACGCAGGACCAGGGUUGGACGACUGUUUUUUUUCCCAGGAGUGUGGCGAGCGGAUUUUGUGUGGGCCAUGCGCCGUGUCUACUUUCUCGAUCUCCACACGCGACAGGGCGAACACACGGGAAAUGCCAGCGGGACUUAUUUCGUUACCGUGGAAACGGGGGUGGGGGUGGGGGAGGGGAGGGGAGGGGGGGCUUGUGUAACAUGCCACCCACUGGCAGAUGCAACACACAGCAGCGUAUGAAACAUAACUACGCCCCGCCCCUCCCCGUUUUUCAGCAUUGCGUCCCGCUUACCCUCAUUUUGCUCCUCGUCCCCCACUUCUGGCAUCUACCUCUGUGAUGCAGCAGGGGGCAGCCAAUAGGAAUUAGGACUUGGCUUUCCAUUUCAGCCAAUCAGCAUUUUGGAUUUAAUUGCUACACAUAACCAGGUUGUGCAUGCCGGUAGCAGGCCUGUCUGAAUACUCAUUGAAGUCGAUGGAGAUUGAGUUUCAUGUGUUUUUUUUAAAUAUAUAUAUAUAAACAUUGGCCCCUUUUGCUUCUUUAUGCCGAUGAAUGCUUUCCCUAUUUUUUUGCAAGUGAAAUGUUGUGUUUAUGUUGUGUAUGAAAUAUAAGAAGAAGAGACUCAUUAAAACAACCACCUGGUCACUCGAACUUUAGUCGCUCCAAUAUGGGUGCUUUAGCUCCGUUUUAAGGUUGGAACACAUCUGCAGUUAUACCCUCCCAACAUGUACAGCAAGGCUUUGAACUGAUCAGAUGCCAUUUGUGACUGGGAUUUCCACUGACCACACACACACACACACACACACACACAAUUUCAGCAAUGUAAAGUUCUUUUCUUUUAAUGAACAAAAUUUGACACGGUAGCAUUGUUGCUUGGAGGUGGUUAAGUUAGUUGUGCGUAGGGCGUUUUUUUUGGGGGUUUUUUUAUCGUGCGAUUCACGUUAAGCAGCAUGUGAACCUCUCAUAGCUGAUGCAUUCACCCUAUGGUUUCUGAACCUGGACAAAGCAUGCAUUUGCAAAGUUUGUCUGCUUGGGUUCAUACACAUUGAUUUAGACGGCUGGUUGGGAUAUUCGUCUGACAAGUUCACGCUCUUUGGCCAAAAGUUAUAUAUAUAUAUAUUAUUUUUUUUCCCCCUUUAAUACAACCGUUAAUCACUGUACAAUAAAAGCGAUUUUGCAAAACCUUUCAACUCCCAAGAAUGCUUGAAUUGAUGCGCUUGAAUUGAUGUGAUCACUCUUAAGGUUUCUUUGUGGAGGAAUUUUGAAUGCCUUUCAUUUAUGGGGAUAUACUCCAAAGACACCUGUUUUUAAACUUAAACUUGGAUCAGUUGUGUUUCUUUCACCUGUUAUUUUCAUUUUCAAACAUUCAGAACUCACAUUGCUGUACAAGAAUAAGCUGACCGUUAACACACACAAUCUGAUAUUAUUACCCCUUGCAAAUUUGUAAUAUUCCACCCUCAGCAAGUAAUAUAAUUAAUGGACGCUAUAACCCCCAUCCCAACUUUGAAUCCCCGUAUUCUUGAUCUGAUGAACAGCAAAACUGAAAAUUGAGAUUUUGUGUUGUGGUCUUAUCCCCCCCCCCCCCCCCCCCAGGGAAUCGCCGUGCCCCGUGCCACUUGUACAGCUUUGGGAGGCUAAAGCUCACACUGACCUACCUUAGCCAACAUCAGAGCCCAAGAACGAAUCGAAGCGUAGUUUUUAAUUUUUUGUGUGAUUUUCUCUGGAUGUCCCGGCGGCGGCGUCGUCGAGGGCCCUGAGAGCGAAUGCGUCCCGUGGGGGGUGGGGGGGGAGAGGGACGCAUUUUUGUUUUCUCAGGCCUCUCUCUUGCGUCUCCACCGGUGCAUUCUGUCGAGUCUCCGCCUCCACCUUGUUCAUUUUUCUUUCUCUUUCUUUCUCUCUUGGGGGUUGCCCUUCCUCUAACUUCUGCCGGUCGAUUAAGAUGGUGAAAACGGUGAGGACAGAAAAAAACCCACGAAACGUACGAACACACACACCAACGCACACACACACGCACACGCACACACAAUCUCACUCUCACGGCGCCUUUCAGUUGCAUUCAAUGUCUUGUUCUUGUCCUGUUAUCGGCGCAUAUUUUUUUGAUUUCACCUUAUCUUUUAAUGUACUUGAAAUAAAUAAAGAAUGUUCUGAUCAGUAUUUUUCGUAGGCUUUGGAAGUUUUCCAGCUUAUUUCAUUCAACCCUUCUUUGUUUUCCCUACCCCUGUGAAAAGUUGUAGUUUCUUGAUCUGGGGGUGAAUUUUGGGGUCUGUACCCGUGGGGGUUUUGAUGGGUGAUAUCAGGUGGGGACACCAGCCCAGAAGUGUGUCCAAAUAUGCAGGGAUUUCUGUUGAGCUCUGGUAGUUUCAUCUCCCUGUCUCUCUCGGCUAGUGCACUAACUUUGGGGGGGGGGGGGGGGGCGCAAAAUACCCAUCCGUGCAUUUACUCACAGAACGCUGUGGAGUGACUCACCUUGCCAUACAGGUUAACAGGAGCAUACCUGUAGCCACUCAUGUGGAGGGGAGGGGGGAGGUUAUUCUCCCAGGAGUUUAGUCCUGUCCUGGUUUUGAUGGCUAGUUUGACGGGGGCUUGUUGCUUACACGUAGAACAGCCGGGGGGGGAGGGCGUAACGUAGGCCCCCACCCCGUUGUGUCUGUGACGCCUAUGCUGUAGUAGUGCAUGCUCCUGUGCUCUCUUCCCCUUUCACUAACUAUUCCAACUGAAAUAGGUGCCCGGCCACCGGACGGCAUGUGCGUGCGAUGUGGGGGGAAGACUAUUAGCGUCGCACAGUACCCUGGAAGCACUCCCCACCAAGCUAUGUGGCGCAUUGCUGUAGGGAGGCUGAGAUGAAACUGGGGGGUCCCCUCUUUCUGUGUCGGGGCCUCCGCUUCACCACCCCACCCCCCCCUCGCCAUUGGAGCAGGGAAGGAAGGUGAGUAAAACAAUGCAUGGGUCACCAGUCCAUUCCCUUCCGCUCUGAGAGAGACAUGAUGCACACACACACACACACACACACACACGCGCGCGCACACACACACACACACAUGCACACACACGCGCACACACACGGGACUCCACCAGCGGCAGGGUUUGCUGUCGAAAGUUUGCACCGGAGUGUUCAUCCCGGGUGAGAUUCCCAUUUGAGCUCAUCCUCAGCUUCAACUUGAGCAUGUCAGUAGGGGGGGGGGGGUCUCCCACAAACCCAAGUGGAUGGCGUUGGGGCGCAAGUGUCGGUUGGCCUGGUCGAGAGCGAGAGGGGGGUUCUUGUCCCGUUAACACCGUGUGACGUAUUUUAAACGUCUAACCGACACACUUGUCCGGAACAGGUUACCCAGCAUGCAUUCUGUUCUUACAUGGAGUCCGUUUAUAUAGCUGGACGUUUGACCGAAGCGUCUCUGCUUAAGCUCUUUGCUGAAGGGCACAGUCGGCAUACGGCGUCGGGGCUGCGGGUUUGAUUCCUUAACCGUUACACCACGCUACCAUGCUGGAAAAACCAAGCAAAGACAUUACAUUGCAUUAAUUUAGCAGACACUCUUAUUCAGACCAGUUUUAAAAAAAAAAAAAUAUAUAUAUAUAUAUAUAUAUAUAUAUAUAUAUAUAUAUAUAAAGAAACAACACGUACAGUAGGCGGUUCAUUGGACUUAUUCGAGAAGCUUGCGAUGAACUUCAGCCAUUUGGUUCACAAGUGGCAUUUCAAGAAAUGUACUGCGAAUUGUGUGGUUUAAGCAUUGCAUAUAUAAGGAGUUCAAGGCACGUCGAAUUGAUGUGGUUGUAUUUUGGGGCUUUGUGCAUUUGUUUUUUUAAUUAUUUUUUUUAUGCUGCCGUAGCGAUAAGGGGGGAGGGGAAGUCUUGCUGGAAGUAGUACUUCCUUUCCGACUAAACAUGCAGCGCUACUCAAGGUUAUAGAGGUGUAAUAUUUCCCUUUCCGUGAGCCAGCGUGUGCAUUUGGGCUGUGGCUUGGGGCUGGGUGGGUGGGCGUGGUUUGUAGUUCUUGGUGUGGAUAAGGUUUUUUGUUUGUUUUUUUUUUUUAUUUUUUAUUUUUAUUUUUUAUAAACGGGACAAUAGUACCUCAGUUUCCAGCAAAUUGGACUAUCCUUUUACUUUUGUCAUGUUCAUGUUGUAUUCAUAAACCCUUUGUAUGGCAUGUCUGGUAAAACCAAAUAAAUGAUUUCUUUUUAAAAAAUAAAA